AUGUCGCUCGUUUUCGCCCGCGCGCGCGCUGGACGCGCGUCGAUCGCGACCGACCGUGGGAUUCGCGGGCGCAUCGAACGCGCGAGCGCUCGAGCGCGCUCGAGACGCGCGACGAAGCGCUCGGUCGUCUCGCGCGAGAGCUCGGGCGCGGACGACCUCGCGCGCGCGCCGGCGCUCGUGGACGACGCCGCGGCGAGCGCGAGCGAGAGAAAACGAUCGACCAUGGUGGGGUCGAACUUACCGACGCCGACGCCUCUGGCGAGACCGCCGUUGAGCGCGAUGGGGGGUCUCGCGUCGGCGGGCGCGUUGGAGUCGUCGUACCUGGCGUUUCAAAAGCUCACCGGCGGCGAGGCGGCGUGUCCGCUGAGCGGAUGCCAGACGGCGCUGAAUAGUGGGUACGCCGAGCUUUUUGGGAUCCCGCUGUCGGCGUACGGCGCGGUGGCGUACGGAAUGGUGGCGGCGUUGGCGUUCGGCGCGGCGAAGACGCAGACGGAGCUCGUCGAGCGCGGCGACGAGAACAGAGACGCGGAGUUGGAGUCCAAGUACGGGAAGUCGCGCGUGCUACUCUUUUUCGCCUCCACGGGUUUGGCCGCCGUGUCGUCGUAUUUACUGUACGUUCUGGCGUUCAAGCUCGGCGGCGCAGAGUGUUUGUAUUGCCUUACGUCGGCGGCGAUCUCCUUCACGCUCUUCGGCAUCGGUUUCGCGGGCUUGAGUGGUAAAGAGAGCGCGAACGCGGCGCCGCCGGCGGUUGCUCUGUACAUUAUCACCGUGGCACUGAUGGGACUGGUGCUCACCGAGAGCCCGGACGCGAGCUCGACCGCCGGGCUCCGGUUGGCGUACGCUCCCCCGCAGCUGGAACAAAAGUCAACGGCGUACUCGCGUUCGCUCGCCAAGCACCUCGCGGAGACGGGCGCGAAAAUGUACGGUGCUUUUUGGUGCUCGCAUUGCAUCGAACAAAAGGAAACGUUCGGUGCUGGGGCGGAGAUUCCGUACGUCGAGUGCUUCCCGAACGGUUGGGAACGCGGCACCCCCGUCGCGGACGCGUGCUCCGCGGCAAACGUGGAGGGCUUCCCAACCUGGGUCAUCGACGGGAAGAAGUUAGAGGGCGAACAAACGCUGGAGAAGCUCGCUGAAUUGAGCGGUUUCCGUGGCGAAAACGACGCCGCGAGUAUGAUCGCGGACUUGUUCUAG